AAAAAGUAAAAGCACCUAAAUCCUGAAAUAAUAUAAUUUAACAUCAGUAUCACAGCAGAGUUGACUGAAUAAAUGGCCUAAAUCUGGGGUGGGAUUAUUCAUUUGGCAGACGAGAUUUUUUUUAUUCAGUGAAGCCAAUGCAACAGAAAUAAUUUACAGCAUGCUACAGCUUAUCUUGAAUAACAGACAAUUAUUAUAAAAAUAAAUAAAUAAAUCAAUUCACUAGGAACCUCAAUAGCUUGUAAUAUUUAACAUGACCAUUUUACUUUGAUUUAAUCUGAAGUAGCUCUCACAGACAGCAAAAAGUCAUGAAAUGACCCUCUCACGUCUGCAUUUCCAGCUAACCCAUCGUUUCCACCCACCUAUUUUCUCGCAUCCAUGCUAUCUGUGUCAAAAGAGAGUAAUUAUUGCCUCCAUUAUGUUUUAGUGAGCAUAAUACCGCCCCUUCACACACCCCGGCCGUCUACAUCAUGAGUAGAAACGCUCUAACCUUCAUCCCCUCAUUUCUGCUUGGACUCGGCCCCCCGCUCUUCUCCUCUUCCUCCUCCCAUUCUCGCCGUCUGCCUGUUGUUCACUGCCCCAAAUCAUGACGAUCAUCCCAGCCCAGUGGGAAUGACCUCCUCCCAGCCAUUCACAUCUGUGUCUGUCAGUGCAUCCACAGGCAGCAGCAGCACAUAUUUAUCCAGAGGAACAGCAGCAGCAGCAUUUCCCCACUCAUCCUCCACCACCGAGAGACAAGGAGAUGCUUAACAAUCAAUGUUACGGACUUUAGUGCGGUUGUCACAACUUGAGCUGUUUUUACUUCGAGUCUUCUUAAGAAAACCCAUCCAAAAACAAUGCAGAAGAUGUUACUACUACUUUGAGGAUUAUAUCAUUUAAGAUCGGGCUUGUGACUGGAUGAAGAAGAGCCAUCUAGCCACGCAAUUCCUGAGAGUCUGCUAGAGGGGAAAAGGUUUGGGAUGGGUGACUGUCUGACCAAGCCAGAUCUGUAGAUGGAACUAUCCCCUGCAAAGAAAAUAUGAAGAAUACACAGAAAAUUGUAUCAGUUUUCUAAGCGAUCAGCGGUAACAUGAUGAACAUGGAUAUUCAAAAUUUAACCGCCAGUGGAAAUGUCUCUGCUGUCCUACCUGCCCCAUACAGUCUGUUGGAAGUCAUAACCAUUGCAACAGUAUCAGCUGUCGUGAGUCUCAUCACAAUAGUGGGCAAUGUUCUGGUGAUGCUCUCUUUCAAGGUCAACAGCCAACUUAAGACUGUUAACAACUACUACUUACUCAGUUUAGCUUUUGCAGACCUCAUUAUCGGUGUGUUCUCAAUGAACCUGUACACAUCUUACAUUCUCAUGGGAUACUGGUCUUUAGGAAAUAUAGCAUGUGAUCUGUGGUUGGCACUUGACUAUGUUGCAAGUAACGCAUCUGUGAUGAACUUGCUGGUCAUCAGCUUUGACAGAUAUUUUUCUAUUACAAGACCACUUACCUACAGGGCUAAACGGACCCCGAAACGUGCAGGCAUCAUGAUUGGCAUGGCAUGGUUGAUAUCGUUUAUAUUAUGGGCUCCACCCAUUCUGUGCUGGCAGUACUUUGUUGGAGAGAGAACGGUUCCUCCUGACCAAUGCCAGAUCCAGUUUUUCUCAGAACCCAUAAUCACAUUUGGUACAGCCAUAGCGGCCUUUUAUGUACCGGUAUCCAUCAUGACAAUCUUAUAUUGCAAAAUCUACAAAGAAACAGAAAAACGUACUAAGAACUUAGCAGAACUCCAAGGAUACCCAUCGCUGGACAGCCACGAAGACCCUAAAGUCCGAAAGCCAAUACUACGAUGCUUUAGCUUUAAAAGCAAGAGGGAUGGGACUCAAGCAUCUUGGUCAUCGUCCAACCAGAGUUACGUAACUAGGACAACAUUGCAGUCAGAAGACCUGUGGACAAAAUCAGAGCAGGCCACCAACCUGAACAGUUACACAUCAUCAGAAGAUGACGAGCGGUCCGUUUCUGAAUCAACUCCACGUGAAUCCUUCAAGAACCAAGAAUCGACUGUCAACAAAAAUGGCCAGCUGGUCUGUUAUGAAGACAGCAAAUACCUAAGUGAGCUUGCAAAAUGCUCCCAGACGAACAAUAAAAAAUGCAUGUCAUACAAGUUCAAGCCAAUCCUUAGCGACAUAACUGCUUUGCAAGGUGGUACCGAAGCUGAUAAAACAAACACAGAUCACUGUCAGUCCUCAGAGCCACAGGCUCCUUCAUCCACAUCCUCUUCUACCAAACCAGAAGAUCCAAACUUGAAGAUCCAGAUGACCAAACGGAAACGAAUGGUCCUUAUCAAAGAGAAAAAGGCUGCUCAGACUCUCAGUGCUAUUCUUCUGGCUUUCCUCCUCACCUGGACCCCAUACAACAUCAUGGUGCUCAUCUCCACCUUCUGUUCUGAAUGCAUCCCAGUGUCCCUCUGGCAUCUGGGCUACUGGCUCUGCUAUGUCAACAGCACCAUCAACCCCAUGUGUUAUGCUCUAUGCAAUAAGACCUUCCAGAAGACCUUUUGGAUGUUAGUCCUCUGCAAAUGGAAGAAGAACAGAGGAGAGGAGAAACUGUAUUGGUGUGGACAAAACCAUUAAGCAACAGCAGAGAUGGCAGAUUGUAGAGCGUGAACGAUCGUUAUAUUAAAUGGGCAUUAAAAUUACAUUUUAGCUUAUGUUGUGCAUUACAGAGCAUUACCAUGUUCUAGGCAAUAUUUUGUGUACAUAUUGUUUAUAUUGCCAUUUUGAUUUUUAAAAAAUGCUAUAAUGUAUUAAAAUAUAAUUUAGCUUCUGUUUUCAAAGUUUAAAGACCACUUAACAUGUUUACACAACAGUGUGUUGUACUAUUGUGAAAUGCCUUAAGGCUAUGAAUGGUGAGGAUAUGGAUUGUGAACUUAUAAAUACCCAACACACAGUGUUUAUUAUAUGAUUAACGUUUUGUGAUAAAAUUAUUUUUAUAUAUUGUAAGCCUUGGUCAUGUCAGUGACACUGCAUGCAUAGAACGUUUAUUGAAAUAUCUGGUGUGCAAAGCAAUGUUGUUGUAUUAUGUUUGUAGAACUGGACAGUGGUUGAUAUGGAUAUUCAGAUUUUAUUUGGACCUGCCAAAGCAUCGCUGUAGAGAAAUACACCCAAAGAGAUUGUAGCUUCCCUCUGGAUGUAAAAUUCACUCAUGGCAGAGAUUCAAUCACAUUUUACAGUUCUGCAGCAUCCCAGUGUGCACUGAUCAAUAAUAUAAAAAAAAGUCUUUCAUAAUUGUUGUGCCAAGAGAUAGAUCUGAACUUACUUAAACAUUACCACAUCAUAUAAACACAGUUAUAAAUGUUGCCUGGUUGUUUUCCAUUCUGUUUACUAAGUCUCUACUCUUUCUGUUGUAAUGGCGUGCCAUUUUAUUUGAUGUGAAAUAAAUGUUUUAAAA